AGCAGUCAAGUCAGACAGACAACGGCUGAACGGCUGUUCUGGGAGUGUUUUAUGGCUGCCGACUCAGCACGACAUCCAGUAAUUUGUUGAAUUUAGGAAAUACUCGGUGUUUUUAGAGGCCGGGAAAACCUCCGCGCCAUAUUGGAGCGAGGAGUGUAAUUGAGACGAAGUCGACUGAAUGUGGACACGGCUAACUUUUAAGUGCUAAAUGAGUCGUCGAGCGAAAUUCAACUUCACCGACCGCGGAUAGUUCUGAAAACACACUCAGCGGAAGUCUAACUAGGAUUAAAAGCGGUGCUUGAAGACGUGGACUUUGUGUUUUUACGAAGAGCUACAUGAAUUUAACGGGGCGACUGUUUUCGGUAACUUUUCUGUGUCGACAGCGGUGCAAACUGUUGUAGUGGCGUACUAACGUCGGCUAAUUUUAGCUAGCUAGCUAGGUACGUUAGCAAGCCGCCUAGCAGCACAGUAGUUUACUACUGUCAGGAGUUUCCAAGGAAUUCAGGCAACUUUUUUAAUGACAAUGUCUUUCAUAUGUGUUGCCACAGGUAGACAUUUUGCAAACACGACAAAGCAGUAAAAAACACAUUAAAUUUGGAAACUAAAGCGAUCAUUUUCUGGUAUUUGUAACUCCAGGUUACACUGCGGGCAAUGUCAUGAGUUGUAGUUUGGCUUUCUGGUUCGUGUUUUGAAAAUUGUCACCGUGUUUCAGCAAGCAAGUUACCCAAAUGAUGCAGUCUUUGGACACAAUCUAACCCCAAUACCGAGCGACCAUGUUGGAUCUUACAGAAUAGCGUCCGACUUUUGCAGGAGACGAGCUUCAGGUCGUGCAGUUGGCUCCGGUAUUUUUUGCGCUGAUGCGAACAGAAGAGGAAAACUUUCAUUCGUCCUAGGGAUCCAGUAGCUCGUCUGAAGUCUCCGUCGGUUUGUGCAUCAAAAUGUCGGCCAUCUCCGCAGCCGAGAAAGUGGACGGGUUUACGAGAAAGUCCAUGAGGAAGGCCCAGAAACAGAGAAAAUCCCAAGGCUCUUCUCAGUACCGCACACACAGCGCUCCGGUCGAGCUUUCACCGCUGCCUCAGCUCAAAGAUGCCCCCUCCACAGAACAGCAGGAGCUGUUCACCCAGAAACUCCAGCAGUGCUGCAUGCUCUUCGACUUCCUGGACUCUGUGACAGACCUGAAGAGCAAGGAGAUCAAGAGGGCCACGCUCAAUGAGCUUGUGGACUAUGUUUCUACCAACAGAGGGGUGCUGGUGGAAUCUGCUUACCCAGAGAUCACUAAUAUGAUCUGCACCAAUAUAUUCAGGACUCUUCCACCAAGUGACAACCCUGACUUCGACCCAGAGGAGGAUGAACCCACUCUCGAGGCAUCCUGGCCUCACAUUCAGCUGGUCUAUGAGUUUCUCCUGCGCUUUCUAGAGAAUCCAGACUUCCAGCCCAGCAUUGCAAAGCGCCACAUUGAUCAGAAAUUUGUUUUGCAGCUCCUGGAGCUGUUCGACAGUGAGGACCCGAGGGAGAGGGACUUCCUGAAGACCAUCCUGCAUCGGAUUUAUGGAAAGUUCCUGGGGUUGAGGGCCUUCAUCAGGAAGCAGAUCAACAACAUUUUCUUGCGGUUCAUCUAUGAAACGGAGCACUUCAACGGUGUCGCUGAGCUGCUAGAAAUCCUGGGAAGUAUCAUCAAUGGGUUUGCGUUGCCUCUGAAGGCAGAGCACAAGCAGUUCCUUAUGAAGGUGCUCAUCCCACUGCACACAGCUAAGGGUCUUGCCCUUUUCCAUGCACAGCUGGCGUACUGUGUGGUCCAGUUCCUGGAGAAAGAUCCUACACUCACUGAGCCGGUGAUCCGCGGGCUGCUCAAGUUUUGGCCUAAAACCUGCAGCCAGAAAGAGGUGAUGUUCCUGGGUGAAAUUGAGGAGAUUCUGGAUGUCAUUGAGCCAACGCAGUUCAAGAAGAUCCAGGAGCCGCUGUUCAAACAGAUCUCCAGAUGUGUGGCCAAUCCACACUUUCAGGUAGCGGAGCGAGCGCUGUACUUCUGGAACAACGAGUAUAUCCUCAGCCUCAUCGAGGAGAACAUUGACAAGGUCCUUCCCAUCAUGUUCGGUAGCCUGUACAGAAUCUCCAAGGAGCACUGGAACCCGACAAUCGUAGCUCUGGUCUACAACGUGCUGAAGACGCUGAUGGAGAUGAACUGCACGCUGUUCGAUGAGUUGACUUCCUCCUAUAAAGCAGAUCGGCAACGGGAGAAGAAGAAGGAGCAGGAGCGGGAUGAGCUGUGGAAGAAGCUGGAGGAGUUGAGGCUCAGUAACACCAAUCUGGUCCAGAACAACAGCCACGGGCUCCCCAAUGUCCAGAACAACAAUAACAACAACAACAACAACAACAACAAUAGUAAUAACAAUAAUGACAACCAGGACAAGAGCGCUGAGGCUGCAGCCAUCACCACAGACAACAACGACCCUGACGUCAGCGCGGCGGCCAGCGAGAGCACCCCGUGUGACAAAUGACAGCGGACGCCAGUUUUUUAUUCCGUAAGGGUUUGACAUCGUGUUCAGGACUGUCAGGAGAGGAUUAACGGAGACAGAGAAAAAACACAAAUUACACCUCAACAGUAUAUUAAAUCUACUUAGAGUGACUUAGAACGCCAGCAUUUCUUUGGCAGGAAAAAAGAUAUAUAUUUCAACUUAAGACUAUUUUUGGAUGUUACAUUGUGGCUGCAGUAUAUUGUUUAUUUGUCUGAUCAAAGAUUUAUCCUUUCACAUUUAGUUUCUUAACUGAAAAAGAUUUUUUUUUUGUUAUAUUCGUUGUAUGAUACGUGGGAGGGGAGAAUAAUGACUUGAAUUCAAUGUUUCCGAUUGUGCUGCACUUAGACAAGCUGAAUAGCUAUUUAAAGAUGUCUGUUUUUUAAUGUGCUUUUCCUUGUUGCUGCCAACACUUGGGUGUAAACCUUAAGGAAGAAGGGAACUGCGGAUGUUGGGAGUAUUUGGGGGGGAAGAUGGGACCAGAUCCAUUAUUAAACAUUUAGUGUCCAUAAAUGUAUAGAAGCAGACUGUUACCAGGAGCAGAGGAAGCUACAGGACAGAUGGAGAACAGGAGGUGCAUGGCAAAAAAAAUAUAAAUCCUAAAGAGUAAUAAUCCCAGAUAUGGACUUAUAUCUCUGUAUGUGACUCUAGUUGAGACUCUCAAGGUAAAACCUGUUCACAAUUAGAGCAGAUGUCAUAUUGGAGAGAUUAUUUUCCAGUUCCAGGUGUUUGUAAAUAUUUUUUUAUCUGGGUGAAAACCUGAAAUUAAUAGUUGCAAAACAACACCUGUGUUUGUAAGACUACACUAAAGUAUUGAGACAGGGCUUUCAAAGAGUGAAAUGGUUUUUUAGCAUGACUGGAAUUAAAGGAAUAGUUCGACAUUUUUGGAAGUUCAGGCUUUCUUGCGAUAUAGAGGAGCAAAGAUGAGGAGAUUGAUAUUUUCAUGGUAGCUAUGAAGCUAUAGCCAGCAGCUGCUUAGCUUAGCAUAAAGACUGGAAACGGAGGGAAACAGCAAGCAUUGCUUUGUCUAAGGGACACACCAGAUACACCACACCGACAUCAAGGAACUAGCUGAAGUUGGCUGCUCGGGCGUGCUCGGCUCUAGUCUCUAAUGCCCUUCCUCUUUGCGCCCUGUGAUUUGGAAGCAGCACUGAUUAUCUGGGUAGUUUUAUGCAGCAGAAAUAGAGACUUUUUACUUCAUGUGCCACUGAGCAACUUUUGUAGGAAGGAACAGAGUCCCAGCUUCAACGCUGUAUCCAGGAAACUGGAAGACCGACGUUAGCACCUAAACAACACAACCCGACAUUGAAAGAACCAACGAUAUUUACUGUGUGCUAGUGAACAAUAACGCAAACAUUUAUGAAAUGACUUCGCUAGAAAGCUCAAUUGCUAGAAAAAAUAAUCUUACCUUAUAUAACAAGUUUGUAUUGAUUUAACACCCUCUUGACUUUAGCCCAUUGUUUACUUUCUCACUUUCGUUUCUCCUCUUUAACUGCCAAUCAAAGUGAUUUCUCUCACUGACAGGCUCCGCUGUCUUGGCACUGAUUCAAAAUGCUGAAUCAGCUGAAGAAAAGCCAGCAAGGACCGGUGGCGAGUGCCAAUAGUACAGGACAUAAUGCAAAAACUCGAGCGAUACACGCUCACCGACGGCCCACCACAGACUAAAGGCCGACCUUUCGGCUUGGUACGUUAGGGCCCCCACAUUCCUGGUAGAUUACCUCGCAAUCGUCGUGACCAAAGAUAAGAUAGUUUUUUACCUUUCAGAGUUGUGAGUAUUACAAACCGUUGUGCAGUGUUUUUAAACCUGGAGCUAAUUUCAUUGUCUCACCUGUACCUUAAAGAACAUGUCCCCACCAACGCAGCCCCAACGACGUGGAAAAACAGUCUGCUAUUUCAGGGAAGGCUACACACCGGACCGUUCCUGAAUUGCUGUUUUUAACACUUUGGCUCUGAUUAAACAAACCAAAUAAAAUGUGUUUAUUAGUGAGCUUUACAGGAGCUGUCAGGAGGAUUCGGUUACCCUUGGACGGAGCCAGGCUAGCUGUUUCCCUCUGUUUCCAGUCUUUGUGCUAAGCUAUGCUAAACUAAGCUAGGCUAACUGGCUGCUCUGCAUAGCUUCAUACGUAACGUACAAACAUGAGAGUGGUAUCAAUCUUCUCGACUAACUCUCGUCAAGAAAGCAAAUAAGCAUAUUUCCCAAGAUGUCGAACUUUUCAAUUAAAAGUAGUAGAUUAAGAAAUAAGUGAGACCUACAGUGCUAUAUUUUUAUUGACGAGGCAAAUAUUUUUGAAUGUUUAAUUUCCCAGAUGGACUAUAACGGGAUGCCGGAUGCGCUUGAGUGUAUAUUUGUUGAGUGCGUUUAUGUGUAUAUGUUAGUUUGGAGGCUACUUAAAGGGAAAUGCCACUCAAUUUAAGAUUUUCUGUACAGUAUCUUGUUCUGUGGUCCAGGAAAGUGCAGUCAGUGCUUAGGAACAUGAAUGGUUCUCUGUUGACGCUGAAAAGCAGAGACUUUAACUUGUCUUACCACUUAUCUGGUAUUUUACAAUGCACAAGAGGCUGAUUUUGUGUGUUGUGAUUUUUUUUAUAUAUAUAUACAUAUAUAUAUAUGUAUAUAUAUAUAUAUCCAAACGAGGCUCACGAUGAAGUAGUGAUAUCAAGAAUAUGAUGCUCAACACCAGAAAAUCCGAGUAAACUUUACCAUCAAUGCCUGUUGACUCCCUGUAUCUCCAGACUAUAUAACCUCACAUUUGCUUUUAGUUUCUGACGUUGGGAGUUGAUAAAUGUGUUCAUAAACUUAAUCUGACUGCUGUAGAUCAUAGGAAACGACUUGUGACGACUUUCUUUUCUUUUCUUUUCUUUUUUAAAUUGAAUGGUGUUCCCUCUGAACCCGGAGUGUCUGCUCUUCUUCUAAGGUCAUAUUUUUAGGUCCAGUCUUUUCUGAUGCCUUUCUGUCAGUACAGCAUUCCAACCUCUGUGGCGUUAAAAAAAACUGUGUGGGGAACCUGUUUUGUAAUCGCAGAUCUUAUUUAGGUUUCACCAUCAAAUAAAGUCUACUUUAUCUUUCUACUCAAA